UCCACCCCGUGCCCGCGGGGCGAGAUUAGACCAAGGAGAACCUUCCCACCGCCCAGACGACAACCUGAAGAACUGGGCGGGGCCAGCUGGGCAGCAGGCCACACCCCUCCGGGAGAGCCGAUGGGUGCGGAGAAAAGCGAUCGUUCGUUCCCGGCGCUGCCAGCCCGGCUGACCCUGAAGUGGCGAUGGCGGCGGCGCGCGUCCUCGAGUGGAUCUUCGUCCUCUUCUUCCUCACUCAUGUCCCGAUCACUUUAUUCGUCGAUGUGCCGCUGUUGCUGCCCGGAGUUUACCCUCCCGCCCUGUCCCGAUUUCUCACCUGGUACACAACUACCGUCAAGGAUCCCCUGAUGGGACACCCGGGCCCCUGGUUCAAGUCCUUCCUCUGCAUGGAAUCUAUUGCACCGCUGUUCUUCUUCCCUGUCGCUGCCUACGCCUUUUGGAAAGGGAACUGCAAGUGGAUCCGGACCCCCGUGGUGAUCUACACGAUGCAUGUAGCUACUGCAGCGACUGCUUGCCUGGCCCAGAUCCUGUUUGCCGGCUUCUCCAACGCCCAAGUCCCCAGCCCACAGACCCCGUGGGAACGCCUGACGCUGUCUGCCGUCGACGCCCCUUACUUAGCGAUUCCCCUCCUGAUGCUGCUUUUUGUGCUCUUCAGUCCUGCAUAUAACCAAGUGGAAAAAAGGAAAAAGAAAACCAUCGGCCCUCCUCCCUCAGGAAGGGAACCGUGCAAAUUAGGCAAGGGGAGGUGUGUUUGUGUCCCUCGGGGGCAGAGCCUGGCCAAGCCUCGGCGGACCCGUCAGCUGGGAAAUGCUCUCGCAGGGAUCUCAGAGAACCACCUGGAAAAGGUCUCAUGGCCCAAAGCAGCCCCAAGCGUUGCAUUUCCAGGCAGGGGGGCACAAUUGCUGGCCAGGAGAAGGCAGCAGCGCAGCCCCUUUGUGGUGCCAACUGCCUCGGAUGAACGGCCAGAGGGAGAACUUCCUCUGGCUACUUUGCAGGCUGUCUGGGGAGGGGGCGGUCUGGCCCUGCUCCUGGGCUGGGGAGGACCCCUCUGCCUUUGCACCACCGCUGGGCCCCCUGUGACUCUCAGCUGCGCCUUCCCCUGGCCAGCACGGGUUUAUCCACGCUGGCCCCAGAUGUGGAUGACCCUCCUUCAACCCAUCCACCUGGCUGGUGGAGAUGGGAAUUCUUUGCCCCAGUAG